UCUCAAUAAUAGUAUCAGCCGGUACAACGAAAUCCACAAAUUACGUCGUAAAUACAUAAUAUUAAUUAACUUUCUGUUUUUGAUGUUUGUAUUAAAGAUUUUGUUUAACAAUUAUUUUUGUCGUCUUAAAAGGUUAGAGAUACGUUGAAUUUUAUCCAUUCAAAAUCUUAUUGUUUUUACUUAUUACACGGCAACUUAAAUGUUUAAGGAUUAAAAAUGGAUACAAAUAAAGGUAAACAAAACUUGGAAGAUCAAAUAAAAACUUUGGUAAUGGAAAAAGAUUUAUUGAAAAAACAAUUAAAUGUUCUGAAUGAAUGUUUAUCAAUUGAAGAAUUGAAAAAUAAAAUUGAAGAUCUUGAAAUGAAAAUGAAAACUAUAGCAUUGCUGGAAAAUAUGAUUAAACAACUUAGACAAGAUGUUGAACCUUUAAACUAUUUGAAAUCUAUAUUAAAGGAAAAAAAUUUAGAUAAAAAGAAUUCUGAAUGUACAUCAAAGAAUAAGUCAAUAAAUGAAACCAACGAAGUAUUAUUAAAGCAACCAGAAUUAUUUACCUUGAUGAAUUCUUUAGGAGAAUCUGAUGUUUUACUUAAUCAAAAUUUUAAUGAAAAAUCAACUAUGAUUGACACUUUGAAUAAAAUAUUUGAAGAACCUGUUGAUGUACCAGAUGAAAAUAAAAGUUUGGAUGGCAGUAUUCAUCUGUUAGAUCAAUAUGAUAUGUUGUCGGAAGAAGAUUUUUUAAAUGUGGUGCCUGAGAGAGAUUCUCAAGUUGGAAAUAAUUCAGAAACAAUUAAAGGAUUUGAAUUAGUUAAUGAUACUAAACAUGCCAAAUUACUCAGUAAUGACAUAACUAAUUUUAAAUCCACUGAACCUGUAUGCUCAGUAAAUAAUAAUAAAAAUAUGAUAAAUUUUGAUAACUGUGAUCUACCUUUAAAUGAAGCAUGUUUAGCUAAUUCUUUCUUAUUGAAACAAAAUGACGAAAAAGAACAAUCCAUUACAAAAUCUUUAGCUUCUGAUAAUAACACAAAUUAUAAUUCCACCCAAAAGGAGCAAAAUUCUUUAAAUACUUUAAAUCUAAAGUUUGAUAUUUUACGUGGUAUUUAUUCAUCUGGCUAUGUAAUAAAUCCGACUACCACACAGUUGAAAUUCAUUGAACACUGUGUUAAUGGAAAAGAUAACAUACUAGUUGUUAAACCAAAUUUGGAAUGGCAAAUAGUGAUUUUAAUUCCUAUGCUUCAACGAAUUAUACCUGUCUUAAGGGAAUGUCAAGUACUCAUUUUAGUGCCAACUCGUGAUAUUGCUCUGCAAAUAGAACAGGUUAUGAAUAAAAUUGGAAAUUUUAUGGAUCUAGAAAUUUGUAUUGGAGGAGAUAAUGUACCACGAAAACUACCUGUAGUUCCACUUGUUGUUGUUGGUACACCAGCUGGUGUAUCUAAUAUGAUUGCUUGUAAUUCAUUGAAUACAGAAUUUAUUAGUACAAUUCUGAUGUAUGAAUUAGAUGACAUGAUGCCUUAUUACGUUGUCAUUGAAGAAAUAAUGAAUAAGCUUCAUGUAGCAAACAAACAAAUAACAAUAUUAGCUUCGAGUGGAAUUGAUCAAAUUUUAGAUAUGUAUAUUGAUUCUUUGCAAGAUCCAUUCAUUUUCUUAAAUGAUAUAAAAGAAGAACCUAAAAUUUCUCAUGGAUUACCUUGUCAAUAUGUAUUGGGUAUACUAGAUGAAUAUAAAUUUCUUACAAUUUGUCAAAUAUGUGAAGAAUUAAAGAAAGAAUCAAUAAUCAUCUUUUGUAAUACCUUAGAUGUAGCACAAAUUUUAUGUGAACAAAUGCUAUCUUUAGGAUUUUUAGUUUCCACUUAUUAUUCUAGCAUGAAUAAUUAUGAAUGUAAUAAAAAAUUAUCUUUGUUAGUUGAUCAUAACAUACAAAUUUUUAUAACUACUGAUCCAAUUAAAAAAAAUGAAUUUCCUGAAUUUUUACCUAGUUAUAUUGUUAUAAACUAUGAGUUACCAACAGAUCCUUUAGUGUAUAUUAGUAGACUAAAGUUCUUUAAAACUAAUACUAAAAUAAUAAAUUUUAUCAGUGAAAAUGAUGAAAUAGCUAAAAAUAGUAUUGAACAAUACUGUGUAAUGUUACCUAUGCCUAUUAAUACUAAAGAUAUACUAAAGUGAUAAAAUUCUUUACUUUUUCAAUGAUAUAUUUUUUUUUACUUUUAUAUUAUACUCACAAUUUUUAAAAAUUUGUUUUAAUAAAUAUUGAUAUUAUGUAUGUUAUUUAUAUAAAAGUACUUUUAUAUGACUAUUUGAAUGCAAUAAAUGGAAAUUAUGGGUUAUUA